AUAUAUUGAUACAUCCCAUCCCUAUACGGCGCACGUUUUGUUUUGUUUUGUUUCUUCAAUUCUGGUGAAAUACGUAAUAAAAAGCCACGACAAUGGCUGCCAAACCGUCCAGCAGUGAGCCCAGCAUUGAGAACAUUCAACUGGAGGCGCUUUCGCUGAGCGAGGGCAUUCAGGACUCGCCCGUAUGCAUUAUUGUUCUGGGCAUGGCCGGCUCCGGCAAGACGACCUUCACGCGUAGCCUCAUCCAGCACGCCCAGGAAAAGUUUAAUCCGUAUGUGGUCAAUCUGGACCCCGCGUGCCGCGAAGUGCCGUAUGCGACGCACAUUGACAUCCGGGACACAGUCAACUACAAGGAGGUGAUGAAGCAAUAUCAACUGGGACCCAAUGGCGGCAUAGUGACGGCCCUAAACAUGUUUACCACCAAGAUGGCCAAGUUCGCAGAGCUGGUGCGCCGGGCCGGCCAGCGCGGCCACAAGUGGUGCAUCAUUGACACGCCGGGCCAGAUUGAGGUCUUCACCUGGUCCGCCUCUGGCAACAUCAUCACCGAAGGCUUGGCUACCAUGUUCCCCACCAUCAUUGUGUAUGUUAUGGAUGUGGUGCGUUCGGCCUGUCCCACAACCUUCAUGUCCAACAUGCUCUACGCUUGCUCCAUUCUGUACAAGACGCGGCUGCCCUUUCUCGUGGCCUUGAAUAAGAUUGACCUGAAGGACUGCAGCUUUGUGCAGGAAUGGAUGACGGACUUUGAGGUCUACCAGGAUGCCCUCGAGCAGGAGCAGAGUUUCGUGAACAACCUCACACGCACCAUGUCACUCACUCUGGACACCUUCUACGAGAACCUGGUCACCUGCGGUGUCUCGUCCAAGACGGGCGUCGGCUUUGCUCAGCUCCUGAAGCAUGUCCUCGACUGUGUAAAGGAAUACGAGAACGACUACAAGCCCGUAUAUGAGAAAAUGCGGAAGGAGCGCCUUGCCGAGCAGCAAGCCAUGCUCCAGCCAGCUUCGACUGUGGAGGAUUCGGGUACUGCAGUACCCAUGGGCCUGGACCUCAAGGAUCCACCCCCAUACUCUGGCAACAGCGUGUUCCUGAUGGCCCCUGGCCUGGUGCCGCAGCAGUUGGAUUCCGAGGAGUUGGAGGAAGAUAUGGAGAUCGAUGCCAAGGGCAGCACCGAGGAGCAGAACUUCCAGACAUUCGUCCAGAGUCACCUCACGGCCCAGAAAAGCAAGCGCAACAAAUUUGUUCAAGAGCAGCAAAAGCCUUAAUGUGAUGUGUAGAUUUCAAUAAAAAUAUUCUGUAGCACU